UUUACUCUUUAUAGAAUUCGCAACAUAGGUUUUGGUGUGUUUGAUUUUGACCAACAUUUAGGGGGGUUUGUAUUUACUUCUUUUUGGAGUUUGUUUGGUAUUUGGGACUCAAAAAAGAUUUCAGUUCUUGUGCUCUUAUCUUCUCGUUUCUCACAAUCUUUUUAACUUACUUUAGACAACAAGUCUGUCUCUUGAUGAUGAUUCACAUAUGGGUUUGGUCAUUCGUGUGGUUUUGCGUAAUACCCAAUCCCAAAGAUCUUACCUUUUUUUUUUCUUGCAAGUUUCCAAAUCGGGUUUGAAAUUCGACAAAGAUUUUCACAUCCAAAUGGCUAUGCAAACUGUGAGAGAAGGUCUCUUCUCUGCUCCACAGACUUCUUGGUGGAAUGCUUUUGGAUCUCAGGCGCCGUUGGCUCAUGAGAGUCUUGCCGGAGAUUCUGACUCGUUCGUCGGAGUUAAGGUCGGAUCUGCCGGAGAGACAGAACAAAGUGGAGAUAAACAGAACAACUCUGUAACUCACUUAGCUUUCUCACUUGGUGAUGUAAAGAGUUCAAGGGUUGUGUCAAAGUCUCAUGGAGCUGUUUUCACAAUGCAAUCGCCUAGUUUGGAACUUGGAUUUACUCACCCAUCGAUCUACGCAAAGUAUCCUUAUGGUGAACAACAAUACUAUGGAGUUGUUUCAGCCUAUGGAUCUCAGAGCCGAUUAAUGCUUCCCCUGAACAUGGAAACAGAAGAUGGAACCAUCUAUGUGAACUCAAAGCAAUAUCAUGGAAUCAUAAGGCGACGUCAAUCUCGUGCAAAGGCUGCUGCUGUUCUUGAUCAGAAGAAACUGAGUACUAGGUCUCGCAAGCCAUAUAUGCAUCAUUCACGCCAUCUCCAUGCAUUGCGCCGUCCUAGAGGAUCCGGUGGGAGAUUCUUGAACACUAAAAGCCAGACCUUGGAAAAAAGCGGGACCAAUGCAAAGAAAGCUGAUGGAAACAAGCAGGUUCAGCCUCAGCAGAGUAAUUCUCAGAAUUCUGAAGUUGUUCAUCCGGAAAGCGGAAUCAUGAACUUAUCGAAUGGACUAAAUGUCACGGGAUCAGAAGUUACAAGCAUGAACUACUUUCUGAGUUCUCCUGUUCAUUCUCUUGGUGGCAUGGUAAUGCCUAGCAAGUGGAUAGCAGCAGCAGCAAUGGAUAAUAAUAGCUGCUGCAAUUUCAAAACCUGAUCCUUUACCGUUUCACAGUCAAAGUGGGAAAAGAGAACUCUUGCCUUGUAAAAAGGACAAUGAGUUUUUCUUUUUCCUUCUUGGUUUAAAGGAUUCUCCUUUUUGCCAAUCCAAUUGGCUGUGAACAGGCAAAUCAUCUUUGGCUCAUUCUCUUCUCAGUUAAGGUUUCUUCGCCGGCAGGUUAAAAGAACCUUGAUUUAUCCUUCAGUCUAAAAGUAGUUAAAAACUGGUGAAGAACAAUGGUGGGUUUGGUCACUAACCCCACUUGUUCUCCAACUAGUAGUGUGUGUGUGAAGAAAACUCUUGUUCUCUGAUUUUCUGAUUUUGUCGCUCUCUCGCUGUUUUUGUGUGUAUCUCAAACAACUGUAAGAACUUUAUAUGUUAUGUGGCUUGUGUAACAUAUUUAAGACGUGUGUUUUUGUAUA